UAUUACGGUAACAGCUCGCUCCGCAUUACAGCGGAAGGCGCUUUGAGUGGCUUUGUGGGAUCAGUUCGUAGACCGGGUGGAACAUGGAGUGUAUUCCUGUACCCAUUGAUGACAUUGAAAGCAAAAAGGACCCAAUACCUGAAGAACGAGAGCAAAAUGUUUACACCAGGUUUAUGAAGUCCCACCGUUGUUAUGACCUCGUGCCCACUAGCUCCAAACUAGUGGUGUUUGAUACGUCACUCCAGGUGAAGAAGGCGUUCUUUGCUCUUGUUUCCAACGGAGUGAGGGCAGCCCCUCUUUGGGACAGCAAGAAGCAGUGCUUUGUGGGUAUGCUAACCAUCACAGACUUUAUUAACAUUCUUCAUCGCUAUUACAAGUCUCCAUUGGUUCAGAUAUAUGAGUUGGAAGAGCACAAAAUUGAAACAUGGAGGGAGGUUUACCUUCAAGACUCUUUCAAGCCUUUGGUCUGCAUAUCUCCGAAUGCAAGUUUGUAUGAUGCAGUAUCAUCUCUGCUGAGGAACAAGAUCCACAGACUGCCUGUAAUCGACCCCCUGACAGGAAACACACUAUAUAUCCUCACACACAAGAGGAUUCUUAAGUUCCUGAAGCUUUUUAUAUCUGAGAUGCCAAGACCCUCAUUCUUGAGUAAAACCUUAGAGGAACUGAACAUCGGGACGUUCAGAAACAUAGCGGUGGUCCGUGCAGACACACCUCUGUACACGGCGCUGGGUAUUUUUGUGGAGCAGCGAGUCUCUGCGCUCCCUGUUGUUGAUGAUAAAGGACGAGUGGUGGACAUAUACUCGAAAUUUGAUGUUAUAAACCUGGCUGCAGAGAAAACGUACAACAACCUGGAUGUGACUGUGACCAAAGCCUUGAAGCACCGCUCACAGUGCUUUGAGGGAGUCCUGACCUGCAACAGGCAUGAGACCUUGGAGGCCAUCAUCAACAGACUGGUGGAGGCUGAGGUUCACAGACUAGUGGUGGUAGAUGAGCACGAGGUAGUGAAGGGGAUAGUCUCCCUGUCGGAUAUCCUCCAGGCGCUGGUGCUGCCCGAUGGAGAAGAGGCACAAACUUUAGGGAGUAGUUAGGAACAUUUUGCUGUUUUACGAAAAGACCAGACGGAAAGUACAAGCAUGUGGGAGGAGAAAUAUGAGAGCACGUUGCCUUCUGCUGUAACACCCACAUAGAAAGUCUUCACCAUCUCUGGAAAAAUGUGAAGUUGUCAGGUUUUCUCUAUCCAGCAAUUAUAUAAUUGUAGAAGGUCAGGAUUUAUAGAGCCUGAGCCAAAUUCAAAGUCACUAUUAGGUGUGGGGAGUUUAAAAUCUGAAGAAAUCGGAGAAAUCCAGCACAUUUAUCUUCUUUGCCCCUUUAUUUUAUGAAGUAAGAUUAAAUUUUUUUAAAACAUUCCCCUAUUUAACCAGCAUUUCAAUUUAUUUUAAGGCUGAAGUGAACAAAGGCACUAGACUCUUCUAAGAGUUAAAUCGGAUGCUGCAACUCGAGCUGAUAAUCAGACGUUUUCUUAAAAGCUUUCAAGAUAGCUAUCCAUUUAUUCUCUUAUCGUUCCUUUAAUUUUCGUUGUUUGUUUAAAUUCAUGUUUAGUUUUGAUGGACGUCAUUGUAAACAGUAUAUCUGUUUGUCAUCAGUUAGUGACUUUAACAUUGAGUGAUUAUUUCCAUUCAUUUGCUCAUGUCCUAAAAAAGGCAACUUUCAGCGACAUCAGAAAGUCUAAAUAUUGUUCCCUCAUUAAAUAUA